AGCAGCAACUGACACUAUGGAUCGGGGGGUUGCUUCACCGCCAGCUCCAGAGGCUCCAGUACCUGAGCCUCCAGCUCUUCAGCCAGGGGCAGAGGACAGGGCUAUGAGAGAUGCAGUUCAGUUGCUGACCAGAAUAGCGACAGGGCAGGCUCGCAGGCAUGGGUUAGGGGUUGACUAUGCUGAUAGACAUGAUAGUUUAAGGGCUCGUGAUUUCUUGACUUGUAAUCCUCCAGAGUUCUAUGGGUCAAGGCCCGGGGAUGACCCGCAGGAGUUUAUCCGACAAGUGCAGCGUACGUUGAGAAUAAUUAAGGCUUCUGAGACAGAGUCUGUUGAGUUAGCUUCCUAUCGGCUGCGUGAUGUAGCUGUUAAUUGGUAUGAGUCAUGGGAGUUAUCUAGGGGCGAGGGUGCUCCUCCAGCGGUGUGGGGUGAAUUUGUGGAGGCCUUCCUUGGCCACUUUCUACCUCCAGAGAUGAGACGAGCCAGAGUAGACAGGUUUUUACAAUUGAGGCAGAAUGGCAGGAGCAUCAGAGAUUAUAGCCUUGAGUUUGACUCGUUGGCGAGACAUGCACCAGCUAUUGUAGCUGACAUGGCUGAUAGAGUGCAUCGGUAUGUGAUGGGGCUGGAUCGUUAUUUGAUUGAUAGCUGUAUGGCAAUGGCUUCUCAGCCAGGUAUGGACAUUGCUCGGGUACAGGCAUAUGCACAAGGGGUAGAAGAUCGGCACAGAGGGCGUCAGCCCGAUAGAGAUCAUGAUAGAGGCCAGCGUAAAAGAGCUAGAUCGGCUAGUUAUUCUGGGGAAUUUCAAGGCGGGCAGCCUCAGCAGUACAGUAGAUAUCCUUCUCAGCCAGCCCGGAGUGCACCCCCACAAUUCAAAGGUAGUAGAUUCGAUAGCACAGGGUAUUCAGGAUCCGGUCAAAGCUCCAGGGUUUCAAGUUCACAGAUAAACAGGGGUUCGCGUCAAUCGAGACCACCUUUGCCUCGGUGUCCUCGUUGUGGUAGGUCACAUUUUGGAGAAUGUCGUUUUUCUACAGGUGCAUGCUUUACUUGCGGCCGUCAAGGCCAUAUUAUGAGGGAGUGUCCAUUUAGGGGUAAUUUAAGUGGUGCAGCUCAGCCUACUGGGUCAGUUGUUGGCUCAUCUUCUUCUGUAGCUAUGCGCCCUGUGGGGCAGGGUAUUCAGAUAACAGCAGGCCGUGGUAGAGGCCGUGGUGGAUCUUUCAGUUCUAGCGGUCCUUCGAACCGCAUAUAUGCCUUGGCUAGUAGACAGGACCAGGAGGCGUCGCCAAAUGUAGUUACAGGUACAGAUACUUAUUUUGGAGAGCCGCCACCUUAGGAUUCUACUCAACGGGUUGAAGUGCUCCAUUGUCUCGGAGCCUAAACUUUUGGUACUAAUCCUUAUAAUGUAUAUAUUUGUGUAUUUUGGGGGUACGGCGGGGCCCUGUCUCGUCAUAUGCUAUUGUUAAUCCUCUUAGAGGUCUGUAGACACAUGAGUGGGUUGUAUGUAGAUAUUGUCUGAUGUACUAGUAUGGCAUAUGUUUUUGGACAUUUACAUUCGGAGUGAAAGCCUUGUCGGCUUACGUAUUAUGUUAUCUUAUUUUUGACAAUUAAGACUCCCCAAGAAAUAGCUAAUUUUGGUAUAUAUAUAAGUGACAGUUUGAGACAA